AGUCUCAUUUUUAUCUCUCACUUGUUUCAUACAAAAAAAAAAACACACACACUUGCGCAGGUCUAUAGAUUACGUUAAGGUAGCCUGUUAAGUACAAAACAGCUAAAUCAUCGACUUAAAUAUUCUUAAUUAUGUGUUAUUUCAUUGCUUAGCUAUGCGAACUAAAGUGGUCUCUGUGAUAGGCUAUUUAAUCACCGACACGUUACUCAUUAACUGGUCCAUGAGUCUAAUCUACGAGGCAGGGCUGUAUGAGCCAACAUGUGUUUAGUCAAGUCAAGAAUGAGGAAAGACGGCCAAGUAUCGUAGUGAACAAGCCCACAGGGAGCACAGACGGCUCAUGUCAGUUCAGCCCCGUUACUCUCCGACCAUGGCGACUUUCUGUCGACUUUUUCUCCUUCUGUCGGCGCUGACAAACGCUCUCGGUAAGUGUUAUUAAUGUUUUUAAACUUUGUUGUUCUUUUAAAAGUUUCACCUGCUUUGACGACCCGGGGGUCUUUCCGCCAGAUUUGUGAGGCGUCGUUGAAAUUACACGCACUAUUUCUACUCUGAGUAUCACAGCCAAUGUGAUGUGCAAUCCAUCAAAACUAUCUGAAAAGUAUCUGAAUAAUUUAGUUUGUUCACUUGGCUGGAGGGACGCUGUUGGUUGUUAGUUCACUGGAGCUUUAGCCACCUUUCCUUAUAAGGGAGUAAAACAGCCAGGAUGUCUUUCCUUAAACGACCGGAGUCCUCAUGAUUCACGGGUCUUGACAACCAAAAAACAUCAUUAAACUACAAUCAAAAGUGCGCAACAUUGUUUGACCAACUCUGUCAACUUCACCUGUUUAUUAACAUGAUAUUUAGUAGCUAUGUGUUACUAAAGUUUUACACUUAAAGGACCCUCUAUAAAUGACAAUUCAUAUGGGACACUGGGCCAAGAGUCAAAUUAGGUCAGUGUUCUUAUUUGGAUUCAGUUUGAUUGUAAUGCUUUUAUUAAAUAAAAUCCUAUUGAUAACUGAGCCUCUGUAUUAACUCCAGUGGGCCACACCCUCAGGUUGUUUCAGAUACCAGUGAAAGGGUUUGAAUCAAACUGAAUACCUGACCGACAAAGAUUGAUAUAAUUUGCCUAAAUGGUGAAGGUGUAGCAUCAUAACUGUUGGUUUAAGGCAACAGUUCCAUGUCUGAAAAGUCUGAUGUACAUGUUAACUUGUUCUGACAUGCUGUUUGAUCUAUUUCUGUUUCUAUAUUAUGUUGCACAAAUGAUAAGUGAUAAAAAUGUACCCUGAGUGACAUUUCUGUAUCACAGGUUCCAAUAUCUGCACGUCCCGAGGAUCCACCAAUUGUCAACAGUGCCUGACUGUUGAUCCCAAGUGUGCAUGGUGCUCCCAGGAGGUAAACACACCAGACGCACUCAGACUCAGGGUGUCUCAGGCGCUCCUCCUAUUCAUUACCCAAUGCAGCAAGUUUGAACAGAAACCUCAUUUACCAACAACAUUCUUCCUGUUAGUAUCCUCAAAAGAUCAUCUUUAGCAAAGAAACAGACUCAAGUGUAUGAACACAUGAGAUUAAACACACAAGGAAAACAGGUGUUGACAGAAGAGCUUUGACUUGAGACAUACCUGAGCCAUAAGUCUCAUCCAGUAAAUGACAACAAAAGAGACACCUCUUUCAUUGAGUUUCUCCUGUGUGAUGAUUAUGCCUAACAUAGUAGCUUCUGUUUUUGUCAUAGGAAUUUGGAAAGGGGGGAUCCAGCAUUUCCAGGUGUGACCUGAGUCAGAAUUUACUGGAUGGAGGGUGCAGUGAAGACUCUGUGGAGUUCCCAUCCAGCACGAUGACUGUCCAGAAAGACAAAGAACUCAGUGACAAGGCCACUGGGUCUGCUGGUCAUGUCACUCAGAUCAGGCCUCAAAAAAUCAAUUUGAAACUAAGACCAGGUACUGUGAAACCAAACCAUCAAUCACUUACCUUUAAAAAGUCUUCUUGUGUGCAUUUAAACCUUUUUUAUACAUUGUCUCCCUCCCAGGGGAUUACAAGCAGUUCACGGUGUCGGUGAAACAGGUGGAAGAUUACCCAGUGGACCUCUACUAUCUGAUGGAUCUUUCAUUUUCCAUGAAGGAUGACUUGGAUCGCCUUCGCACUUUGGGCAAUGAUCUUGCCAAGACCAUGGGUCGCACCACAAGCAACCUACGCAUGGGGUUCGGUGCAUUUGUAGAUAAGACUGUAUCACCAUACAUGAUCACUUAUCCUCCAGAGGCAGUGAAAAACCCUUGUCAUGGGUAGGUAAUUGAUUUAAGUUAAGAGAGAGGCAGAGACUCUUGAUUUAUUUUUAGAAAGUGUCUGAUUGUCUUAAAAACUGAGUUUUUCUCUCCACCGAUUUCCAAUUUAACAUACAGAAUACAUGAAACAUGCUUGGCUCAGUUCGGGUUUAAGCAUGUGUUGUCACUGACGGAGAGGGUGGCUAGCUUCAAUGAGGAGGUGGGCAAACAGCUGGUAUCAAGAAACAGAGAUGCUCCAGAGGGUGGGUUUGAUGCAAUCAUGCAGGCUGUGGUAUGCAAGGUAUGAAUAAAAUACUAUCAACAGAUACAUCUACACAUGCACUGAUUGAAUGUGUGCGCACAUGAAUAUUCACCUCUCCUGUAGAGGUCAUGCAUAUUUCUGUGUCUGUCAUUGUUAGGACAAGAUUGGCUGGCGUCCAGAUGCCUCACAUCUUCUGGUGUACACCACUGAUGCCAAAACUCACCUUGCUCUCGAUGGUCGUAUAGCUGGAAUUGUUCAGCCCAAUGAUGGACUGUGUCACCUUGAUAAUGAAAAUGUUUACAACAAAACAACUGUGCUGGUAAAUACAUUAAAGUAUAUCAGUUAUCACGAUCAGUAUCAGUAUGGAUUAGUUUAAGGAGCUGUGUGAGAAAACCUGCUUCCAUUAAAAACGAAUUGUUCCCUGUUAUUCCAGGACUAUCCUUCCUUGGGGCUCAUGACAGAGAAAAUGUCUGAAAACAACAUCAACUUAAUUUUUGCUGUUACCAACUAUGUGUUACCGCUGUACCAGGUAAACAAACUUUCCUGCUUGUGCUGCAACAUAAGUCUGUCAUAAAACAAUCAAAACCAUUUUGAUUAUCAUUUGGUUGUCAUUCUGUCUUCCCAGGAAUACAGUCAGCUUCUUCCUGGCACAACUGUGGGAAUGCUGACAGGUGACUCUGGGAAUGUGAUUGAGCUGAUUGAGCAGGCGUACGCUGUAAGAUUCUCUUUCACUUAAAGGGAUAUUCGGGCGUAAAAUUAAGUUAGGGUCAAGCACACUGUAACAUCGAGUGAGACCCCCCUGAGAGAUGAGAUGAAUGUUGCCGACUGUGUGCUUCUCUAGUUAUACCAACUUUAGUAAUGUCCGCAUGAUAGUAAUGCACAGCGGUCUAUGGCUCCACGUGCAAACCUUAACCAAUAAGCGACUCUAUAGCCACAAAUAAUGCUCAGAACAGCACCUAACUUCAUCAACAGUACAUAUAGGGUCCCAGCCAUAGUACUAGCUAUCAAACAUCUUUUUAGCUUUGCCUGGUUCCUUUAGCAAAGAGUCCAAACACAACUCACCCACUCUCCUGCAGCAGCUGCUUGUUUGUGGAGGAAGCCCUGACAAGUCUAUCACCGAGUGCAGCAGAGUUUUGCAGCCCAAGGAAGAACAUUUAUGAUCAUUACUUCAUGGAAAUGCAAUCAGACUGAGAUGCUAAGGCAGAGGAACUACUGUGUCUGCAGUGCAAAAUGAUUAUUAUUAUGAUUAUUACUUCAUGGAAAUGAUCCGCGGCACUCUAUGCUGUUCUGAGCAUUAUUUGUGGCUAUAGAGUCGCUUUUUGGUUGAGGUGGAGACAUAGACCACCGUGUAUUGCCAUCGUAAUAGCAAUACACGGGUUAUGUUUUGUUUAACCAACCUAAAGUUGGUUUAACUAGAGAGGCAAGUGGUUGGCAAUAUUCAUCUCUCGAAGGGGUGUAUAACUUGGUGUUAAGGUGUGUUUGACCCUAACUUAAUUUUACGCCCUUUAAAACAAUAUAGGAAAACAUGUUGAAAAAAACAAUUGACUUCAUCUUUUUCAUUUGUAGAAUUGUGUUGCGAGGUUCAACCUCUAACAAAUACAUUUAUAAUUGUUAGAAAAUCCGCUCAAAAAUGGAGCUGGAGGUCUUGGAUGUCCCAGAGGAGUUAAACCUCUUGUUUAAUGCCACCUGCCUGAAUGGAGAGAUCAUCCCUGGAGUCAAGUCCUGCUCUGGCCUCAAAGUUGGUGACACGGUAAGUUUUCGAUUGAGCUGCAUGUUUAAUACACAUACACAAACUUUCACAGAGACGUUUCUUCUCUCCAGGUGUCAUUCAGCGUGGAGGUGCAGUUGAGAGGUUGCCCCAAAGAGAAGAGUCACACUUUUACCAUCAAACCUCGAGGCUUUAAGGACUCACUGGAGGUCACAGUGGAAUAUGCAUGCAGCUGCAACUGUGAGGCAGAUGCUGAAGGCAACAGUACCCUCUGUAGCAACGGCAACGGGACCUAUGAGUGUGGCGUGUGUCAGUGUCAUUCAGGUCGUCUGGGCCCACGAUGCGAAUGCUCAGUUGAAGACUAUAAUCCAACUGACGAUGCCAACUGCAUCCCAAAGCCAAACAGCCCAGUCUGCAACGGAAAGGGCGUCUGCUUGUGUGGACAGUGCUCCUGCCAUGCAAGUGAGUUUGGUCAGGUGUGGGGCAAAUACUGCGAAUGUGACGACUUCAACUGCCUGCGCUUCAAAGGGGAGCUGUGUUCAAGUAAGUACUGUGGUACUAAUGUGUUUUCUUUCAGGGGUUUUGUCAAUACAAUGAAACGAAUUUGCUAAAACCCAGUGAAGGAAGUGCUGUGGUUAGACCUAGAACAUGCAUCAGCUACUCAGUUUUGACACCAGUAACCACCAAAUUGUCACUUGCUGCAUUAUAGAGAACAUGGGAACCAGCAUUAACGAGAGUGCAAAAUAUAGGAACAAAUAAUAAAACUGAUUUGCCUCAAUUCAAACUAGGUUGUGUCAAAAAUCUCAAAACAGAGAAAAGACGUUCAGAUUGAAAAAUGAAAACGAGGAAGUUGUAAAUUCAUUUGACCCUACCCUCUACGAGGUCCUGCUGUUGGCAAGGAAAACGAAGUAGCCCCUCCCUUCCUAUGAGACCUUGUCUGACUUGGCUUGAAAACUCUCUGGUUGUUCCUCAUCACUGUCAGCCUGUAAACACACCAUAUUCAGUUUUCCAAAGAGCUCUGAUAGUUAGGCAAGCAAUGGAUCAAAGUCUACAGCCUUUUCCGAACCCCAUGGUUCAUAAUUAUAUCCUUCCUUGUAAAGGACAGGUGAAUAAUUGCAUUGUUUGGCUGCUGAGCAGAAACAGCAGUGAGAGAUCCUCUGUCAUUUGAUAUGUGUUUGUAUUAUUGCUGCUCUGCUAUCACCCCCACCACAAGUUUGGACAGAUCAGUGCACAGUUACUCAAUCAAGAUGAUGAAACUGUGAUAGGCUUUUUUUUAGGUUGUGCCAUGAGCAGCAGACUAGCAAUGGCAAAACAUGUAUCUGCCCCUUUAUUUUAUCAUUUAAACACACUUUAAAGCAUUUUAUAAGGCUCAAAAUCAUACAAUAAAUCCCAGGAGUGUGCUUUUUUAAAUCAUAAGGUACAUGAUUUCUAGUUUCACAGUAAUUUGUGGGGAUGAUUGUUAUUUGUUACAAAAGUCCUAAAUCUUGUUUAUAUACUAAUUACAGCUCCACAGUCCUGCAGGUUCAAAAUUCACAUAAAAUAACAACAGUAUCUUCUCUGGGCGUCUUGUAUGCAGACCACAGAGAGGUUAGAGGAUCAUGUCUGCGUUGGCAAACUGAAAAUGUCCCAAACAUAACAUACUUAUGUCACCAAGGAGAUGCUGGAGUCUUUCUCAAGGGAGGUGUUUUAUCUGAGAGACCAGUACUGAAGCAAUCAGUGAUGACAGCCAGGGCUUGGUCAUCCCAUAAGCCCACCCACACACCAUAAACAGACAGCUAUUACUGGUGUUAGACAGUCCAUAGAGCUUAAUUUGAAACCACUGAGAAGUUGUGUCUCAGUACAGUCGUGACGUCAUUGUGUUUAAAGAACAAGCGUCCCUCAGCCCCAGCUCAAUUGGAGGUACCAGACCCGUGUCUCCAAAAAUCUGUGUCUUAGUGAUAUUCCCUGUGGCUAAGUAUUUCUUCCUCUGCUGAGGGAGUGUAGGACUGUUGAGGGGCGAAGGAGCAGGAGUCAGCAAGCACAGCCCCAGGUUAUACUGAGGGAGGAGAAAACAGGAAAGUUUGCAUUCCUCUGCUGGCAGUUUUCCAAAUCUCUUUUCACUCCGCUAUGUCUUCAUCCCGAGCUGCACUGCAUGCUGCUCUUCGCCACUCGUCUCCUAACAGGGUUAUGUUUUGUUUAACUGAUCUGUCUUCCUUUUUUUGUCCUUUUUAUUGUAGCCAAGAAGCUAACCUUUGCUUAAGCCGAGGCAUGUGAUUAAUUGGCAGGAUGACUGUGCAGCCUCAUGCAAAGAGGGGAAUGAUGUAAACACCCAAGACUCCCACUAAAGUGUGUUGACACAUAUCAGCAAGAGCAGAGCACUUUCUUACUUUUAUUGAAUUAAAAUACUCAACCCUGCCAAAAAAAUAAAAAUCAUUAAUGAAGUAGUUUUGCAAAAAAUGUUGGCCAACAUUUUACAGGAUGUAAAGCAAUUGAUCAACUAGUAACCCCACAUCAAAUAAUGACCUCUGAUCCUAUCACAAUUAUAAACACACCCAGAGAAGCCACUGUUGACAGGUGGAGACUGGGGAAUUGUUUUCUUAUAUUUACAACAGCCAAUGAUUUGCUUUGAGCAUAUGGACCCUUAGACCCUCUGUGUUAUUUCAUGACCAGUCACUCCUCUAGGCUGGUCCAGCUGGGCUCUGACUCAUUCCCUUUGGCACUUAGUCAUCCAUUUCCAAAUCCUGUUAUGUUUCCUGCUAAGAUCUUUGCUGUCUUUGGGGGCUCUGCCUUUCAAAGGGAGCAUAAAGUGCUGAUUUCUCACUUUGUAGGGAUCGACCACUUCUAGUUUUUCAGGACCAAUACCAGUGUCAAUUAUCAGUAGUUCAUGAGACUGAUAACCAAAAUUUGGAAUGGAUGUGCAUUGACAGUAAGAAUGAAACUCUUUCUGUUAAAAUGUAGAAUUUGGAAUAUUACAAACUCCACAAAACUUUUUUUUAGAUGCCUUUAGCAAAAGUUAAAUGAACCAUUUAACGUCAUAUCAAUUAAUUGAAGAAAAUAGGCUACCACUUACAGUGUAGUUACAUCACACCAUCAGGUGACGUCUAGCCGGUCAUAUAGUGUUGUGGGCGGGACAUUAGGUGGGGCAAAGCGUUGCAAGAAAACAUAUCCUAAAGGGAAUUUCACAAAUACAGUGGUGAACUCUUUAUUGAACUAAUUUUAUUGGCCAUCUGCAAAACUGAGGCAAAUACAGAUAAUCUAAAAAAUGUCAACGGUCAAUAAUCAGUCGACGCUUAUCAUUGAAACGCACUUCUUACAAUAACCAAGCUUUUGUUCCUGUCUACAGUUCAUCAGAACUUAUGAGGAAGUGUUUGUACCCCUGUGGAUAAGGAGGUGUGGGAUCAUUAAGGUGGACCCGCAAUACAACACUUCCUGCCUUUGUAAAAAAGCAGAUGGUUCAGAGAUAAAUCAUACUGAGCACUGAACAGUCAUUUCCAAGUUAUUCUGUGACUUUGUUUUAGAUAAAUCGAAGACGCUAAGAUAAACAGUGCUGCAUGUACAUCUUAUCUCUGAUUAUUCAAGCCCAAAACCAACUUAUGCAGCACUCACUGAAAAUACCAUCAGUGAUUAGUUAACACACUGAUUUAAAAUAACUAAUAAAUAAAGAAAAAAGUGUCAAAAUAUUAAAGAUAAAAACACAAAUUAUGAAUAAGUAACAGAUUAUACUUAAUACCUGUAAUUGCACAGUAGCAGGAUCUACUGCAGACAUACUUGCCCAAUCAUGCAACAUGUUUAAACACAUCAUAGGUUAAAAGGCCACAAUGUCUUACAGAGACAACUAUGACACACACACACACACACACACACACACACACACACACACACACACACACACACACACACACACACACACACACACACACACACACACACACUUUGGUACAUGUACUCAGAGGUUCUUAUGUAGUCUUCAAUUCAAAUGACUCAAAUUUCACGAACUUUUUCAUGCUUUUUGAUUCGUAGAUCAUGGGAAGUGUGACUGUGGUUUCUGUCAGUGUGAUGCUGGCUGGAAAGGGAAAAACUGUAACUGCACCACACGCACAGACACCUGCAUGUCCAACAUCGGCCUGCUGUGCAGCGGUCGGGGAACCUGUGAGUGCGGGGUUUGCCAGUGCACUCAGCCGGGUGCUUAUGGAGCCACCUGUGAAAAGUGCCCAACCUGUCCUGAUUCCUGCACCAUUAAGAAGUAUGCUCUCAGUUCAGUUUUUCCUCACUAACAAAAGAUGAGACAGAAAACAGAAAGAAAAAUGUAAUGUAUAAACUUCAAAACUAAUCCGGUCAUCUUUCCUAUGCUGAAACAUUUGUGUUUCAAGUUUGUUUGUCUUGAGGUUAAGCAUGAGAGGAAAGUUUGUCUUUUCCCCCUCAAAGCAUUAAAAUGUUGAGCUAGUUUGAAAAACAUGAUCUAUUAUGAGUCACUGGGAGAGGUCUCCUACCAAAGUUGACAUUUUGACCGGAGGGCAGUGUUUGAAGAAAGCUCACUGAGUUCCCAAGCUUUUAGAGCUCAUCCUUUGGACACCAUUUGAUGUUUUUUUUCCCCCCAAAAUUGUUUAAGUUCUUUCUGUAGCAUUUUAGGGCAAAGAUUUUGACUUUUCAGUGGCACUAAAAAGACUGGAGACAAAGUUUUUAAAACAGUAGAAGAUUACUUAUGGUUGACCAUGAUUACUCAUGGUCAAUAUAUAAGAUUAUGAAAUGUUUGAAAAGCAGAAUCUUCUCAAACAUACAAACAAAGAGGCCACCUAAAUAUUACAGUAUAACCCUUCUGACAUCUAUAUCUGGGCCAUUCCUGAAAAAUCAGUGUCUAGGAUGAGGCUGCCACUAAGUUGGCCAGUUUCACUCUGCAUAAUAUCAUUCCUUUAGUCCACAGUGAUAAAAAAAAGACUCUCACUUUUAUUUGUAUCAAACUCUGGUUUAGUUUAUUUCAGAUAAAGAUCAGACUUCUCUCAAAGCUGCCAAGAGUCAGCAGAUGUUAACACCUAACAGAUCAUUCUCAGUGACGCUAUACACCAAUGUUUCUUUUAGUUUGUUCACUCCUUACAAAUGAGAUUUGACUUUGCACUGACAAUAAAAAACACUGACAUUGUCCAAAAUAAAACUGACUGUGUGGUCCUGCUUGCAGGAAGUGUGUUGAGUGUCAGCACUUUAAGAGAGGACAGUACAUCACAGACAACAGCUGCAGUAGAAUCUGCAAGGAUGAAAUUAUCCCUGUGGAUGAACUGAGUAAGAAGUUUCUCUUUUGUUUCUUCAUUACAUGUUAUAGUGUUAAUUACUGUUGUUUUACAUACAUAUAUAAGCAUGUUUUACUAGCACUUGAGGCAUGCCUUUUUGCAUGCAUUGGGAUUCAAAAAGGGUAAACAUGUUUUGAAUUUUCAAUGUUUUUAUGACCCUUUUUCUUCUUUCUUCUUCUUUUCUUUUCUUCUUUUUCCCACAGGUGAUAAAAAGAAUGCAGUUAAUUGCUCCUACAAGGAUGUAAAUGACUGCGUGGAGCAUUUCCAGUAUUAUGAAGAUGCAAGUGGCAAAUCCAUCUUGUAUGUAAUAAAAGAGCCAGGUAUGAUUGCAGUUUAUGUGCCUGUAUGUCACAUUUCAAUUGGUCUUUGACUGGCCUACCUGGCCAAAGAAACUGGGGAAAAGGCUUGACACUAACUGCAUCCAGUUACUUUUUUUUUCUUAAGAGCAAAUCAGCCAGCAAACCAUAGAAACUCAUUCAUGCGUCAAUGAUGAGUAAGUGUGUAAAGGCAUUUCUGACUCAGGGCUGAUGUGGAUGCUUAUCUCCCCAAGAGUGCUUUACUCCUUAAACUGACAAAUGCAAACACUGAAGCCUUUUCUCUUUCUGCCACCCUUCUUUUCUCUGGACCUUCAGAGUGUCCUGAGGGUCCAGACAUCUUGGUUGUGCUCUUAGCGGUGGCUGGAGCCAUUCUCUUACUGGGCCUUGCUGGCCUGCUCAUAUGGAAGUUGGUGGUCACCAUUCAUGACCGCAAAGAGUAUGCCAGGUUUGAGGAGGAGAGAGCCAAAGCCAAAUGGGAUACGGUAAGAAUUAAUGAGUGAAAUGCUUUGUGUAUGCAGUAAUCAUUUUGUCUGUAAGAAAUUAAAGUAGUACUCUAAAUUCAGCAACAGAAAGUCUGCGCUCUACAGUGGAAAGUCUAAACUGUACUUGGAGGCAUUGCAUACCAAUACCAGAAUUGAAUAGCAUUACUUCUUUUUUGCUCUCUAGGCUAACAAUCCCUUGUAUAGAGGAGCCACAUCCACUUUCACCAAUGUAGCAUACCGAGGCAACUAACCACCAAAAACAAUGAAAACAACUCAGGGGUCAACGACAAAGAUGGAAUGUAAUAGCAGAGAGACGGCUGGGGGAAGAUCCUCUACACUGGCAUGUAUCCGGCUGCUGUAGCUGAUAAGUAGUUCUUGCUGUCAACAACAUGAUGCAAUAAUUGUACAUUUUGUAAAAACAACUUGAGCUUUUUAUCUGGGUUAGCUGUAUGAAAUUGAAUUUCCUGUUGUACUUUGACAUAUCUUAAGAGUUCUUUAAGUGCUGUUGUAUAAGUUACUUACAUAGGAAACACUUGGGAGAUGUUUCAGCUCAACCAGUGACAUGGUGCACCCCAUGUACAGAUGCUAAUGGCCCUCUAUUCAUCGUGCUAUCUCACUUAUAGAGUAUAAAAGCCCCAAGAGUCAUCUUAAAGAAAUUAAGGUCACAGUCUACAUUCAGUUUACUGUAAUGAGCACUGUCAUUGAGAAGCUUAAGAAUCUCUUACACCAAACAACGUUUGCUUUCAAGGCUUUGUAUAAAUAGGUACAUUUACGUCAAAUGUGCUCACAUAUUUGAACAAAAUAGAUAUCACCAUGACCAAAUAGUACUAAGUGGAUCUUAAUGAACACAUAUAUAAAUUGUCUUAUCUGAUUUUUAUUUUAAACCUCUUGAAUUAUGGCUCAGGUGUGGGAAACUUGCUCUCUCAUAGAGCAGCUUCACUCUUUGUUUUAAAACUUAAAUGGCUAAUUUAGGAAGUACCACAGCAUAGUUCAUCAUUAUGGAUGCAAUAGAGUUUCAAAUUCUUAUUAUGAAAUGUUUUUAUGAUUAUUUUUGUACAACAUUUUCUUUUAAAUAAUGCAGCAAUUUGUGGGGUUUUUGGCUUUAAAAAGAAAUUAACCCUUAUAUUACAGCCUCUGGGCUGAUUUGGUUUACAGUGAUGCUUGUGUUAUUCUGAAGAUUGUAUUAUAAAUGCACACAGUUCCUUUUUUUCUGCCUCAUCACCUCUUUUUGUGUUUGCUUAAUUUUUAUUUUGUCACUUCUUUAUCGUAAGAUGCUUGUUUUUUUUUUCUUUUGUUUUUCUACUGAUGCAGAGUGUUACACUGAAACUGCGUGUGUCUGAGCAAAGUAAUUGCACAUAAAGUUGUAUUGGCCAUUAUUUUACAUGUAAAAUAUUGCUGUUACUCUUUCAAACCUCUUAAAGAGAAUAAAUGACAAGGUGAUGUGUAUGUUGGGUCUACAGCUCUGAUCAUUGCUCAGGAUGGGUCUUUAGUUCUUUUCUCUAAUAUUCUAAAAGAUGUUUUAGUUUCACUCUGGUUUGUCACAAACAAGGAAUAAUUGUUUCUUUAAAAUCCAAACAAACAUUUUUUUUAGUUCAAAAGCAUUAUUGGAAUUAUUGGAAUAGGAAAAUGCAGAUUUUUGAGAAACUCUGUAUUUACCCUGUCACAUGGACAAGUGUUAACCUUUUUGGAUGUACCUGUAAAAAGUAUCACUGAAGUCCUGACAGUUUCAUUGAGAAGCUGAAUGUGCCAUUUCACCUUGUAGCUGUGUUGUGACUAAUGUUUACACACUCAAGACAACAUUCAGUUGAUAUUUUAAUGAAAAUAUUGUAAGUUGUGAAGAAAACUGAUGGAAAUAUACUUUCAACUCAUUAUAAUGCAGCAGUUACCCAAGUCAGUUACGAAACACUACAAAAACAGUGUUACCUUUUCUGUCAUCCUGUAUCAUGUGUCACCAGCUGUAUCAUGUCAUACCAUGUUUUCCUGUUAUAUGGCUAAUCUGAUCAAGUUGAGGCAGUGGUUUCCUGUCUGUCCUUGUGGACUUCUGUGGUGUCUAAUCUCUUAAAAAUUCACUGUCACUCAGCUUUGCACUUUGAAGAACCACAAUAUUUUUCUGUCACCAAAUCCUGUCUAAACCAGCCUGAUGCGAAAGAGCCUGUGUUGUAUCAAGUUGGGUUAAUGCACAGUAUUAGUGCUUUAGUUUAAGUGGGUAAUAAAAAGGUACUUUCAUCACA